UGUGCGUUUCUAACGCGACGAGUCUGUCCGCAGAUGCUGCUGCUGCUGAAACUGAGCUAGAGCUGGGGAUUAUUGUUUAAGUCAGAGUGCUGGCUGGUGGCGAGUGGGUGACUUUUCACCCACACUCAGUACUUUUCAUCUCUCGCUCUUCUUUCUUUCAUAUACUGUUGCUUUCAUAUUGAGUGACACGCGGACUAUGAAAAACAUGACUUUCCGACGCGUAAAGAAGCUGAACUCAAACGAACCGGACAGCGGGUCCCUGUGUCAUGACAGUGGGGAGAUCUACUUUACGUCCUCCAAAUCGGACAGCUGUGGGACUGUGGAUCGUGGACCCUCAAACUCUGAGGUUUAUAGUUAUAAGACCCUCGCUUACUCUGGAGGGACUCUACCAAGGAACUUCAAAAAGAAUGGUGGGCUGCAAAAGUGGAAGCCCCUUUCACACACUCCAGAACCACAAAGGAAAACGGUGAUCCUGAUGAAGAAAGAGGAGGAGGCCUUUGGCUUUGAGAUCCAGACAUAUGGGCUGCAUCACCAGAGUGAGAACUCAGUGGAGAUGUGCACCUUUAUUUGCAAAGUCCACGAAGACAGUGCUGCACAACUUGCAGGCCUUAAAGUCGGAGACACGAUUGCCAGCGUGAAUGACACUUCUGUGGAAGGCUUUCGUCAUAAAGAAAUCGUCCAGCUCAUUAAAUCAUCAGGCAACAGCAUUAGGCUAGAAACCGUCUAUAGUGACUCGAUACGAAAAGCAGAAUUGGAAGCCCGACUGCAGUAUCUAAAGCAAACCUUGCAUGAGAAAUGGGAUGAAUAUAGAUCUCUAAUGGUGCAGGAGCAGCGGCUUGUGCAUGGCAUCGUCAUGAGUGAUGUGGCUGUGUACGAGUCUCUGGAGUCAGCCGGUUUAUACGGGAGUCUGGGAGCUCCAAGCCCCGCGGCCAUGCGUGCAUUAUGUGGCACCGGGAGCACAAGUAGCAGCGUCAGCCAUCUAAGUGCCGCCACAACUGAGGACGACCCACUCUACCAAACCUGCAUCUUCCAAGGGGAGUGUUCCAACAACGCCAGCAACGACGAGCUCGACUCAAACCAAGAGAAGACUCAAAACAGCCGUCCACGCCUCAUCCGACCCGCCAGCGAGCUCUUCGCUACUGCCAAGACCACCUUGACCCGCAGCGCCAGCACACGCAGUUACAUGAGGGCCCCGCCGUCGUCAUCCUCGGUGCCUAACGGAGAGAAACAGCAGUGCGGAGGGUUCAGCACACUGCAGCGCAAGCCCAAACCCAAACAGAAGAGCUUUAGGCGGAGUCUGUUGAAAUUCAUUCCCGGACUAAACCGACCCCUGGAAGAGGAGGAAAGCAAACUGUGAGAAACAAAAGCGAACUGAGAAUUCAAAGACUCCCUGUUUAAAAGGAGCAAAAAGGAUACUGAAGACCAAAAGCGGAUGCCAAGAUAAACCAAAGAAUCCAGUGAUGAUAAAACAGUGUUUUCAUCUUGUUUUCUGAGAAAAAUUAAAAGCCUGUUUGGUCAAGUUGGUAAUAAAUUAAAGUGUGCCAAAAGAAUCUGAAUACAAAUCAUUAGCUAAAGAUUGGUUGGGCGACUUUAAAUAUUAGUUUUAGACUUUAAAUAUUAGUUUUAGACUUGAAGUAUUCAGAUUCAUCUAAAAUGCUGAGAAGUAGAUGUGGAUUUCUGUUGGUUGCUGGAAUAUUGUUGAAAAUUCCAUAAAAAAUAAUAUAACCAUUAACCAGAUCCAAAAAUGUGGAUUAAUCACUUUGUCAACUCGUUUAACUAGUUUAUUAAACUCUGUCUAACUUUAUGUCCUGGUGCACAUUUUGCACCUAAAUCAGGAAGCAAAUGUUUGUACAUAUUUUGUUAAUGUUUAAGUUAUUUAUUUAAUGUUUAUUUUCUGUGAUCGUUUUUUUUUUCUA